GCAGUCUCUGGUUAAAGCUAACUCAAAAGUACAGGUCUCUGACAUUCCCACGGCCUUCCGGGCGACGGUGGGUUGAUGGGUGGGGCUCCCAGGUGAGACAAUUCUCACCUCCCUCGGCCCACAAACAGGACACCGGGGAAUGGGUCCACGCUGAGAAAAGAGUAGGACAGCAGUCCAACCCGGACAGGUGGUGGCCUCAGCAGGACCGCUGGCCGCUGCCCGGGCGGAGGGAUCCCGGGUGAGUCGCCUUCCCGAGGCCUAAGAGAAGGAGUCCUAAAAGCCGGCGGGGGAAGGUACGAACUGGCUAGUGCUGGCCGAGGCUACCACAAAACCGGAACCGGAACCGGAACCCGUCAGCGCGCCGGCGAGUGUCGCCCCUCACCUACUGGGUCCUACGACACCCACUGCGGUAGGCGGCCUUCCCCGCCCGCCGCGGGAGCUCCCUCGAGGGCCUCGGGACCUGGUCUGCCUGCCCUGCGAACAGAGUUAUCACUGCUGCCGCUGCCGUCCCAGCCACCGCCGGCGGCCGGCCUUUCCUGGCCAGGCCGAAUGUGAACCUCUCGCCUCUCGCGAGAACCGCCGCCUACCCGCUUGACUGGGAGGAGCCGUAACCGCUACCUCUGCAGACUGCGGAAGCGUCCGGGCCCCCGAACACUGUGCUGUAGACUGCAGCGGGUAGAGGCCAGUCUCUUGUCACUCCUCGCUGCAAGGCUCCCUAUCCCCAGAAUCCCUGCUUCCCGAGUACGAAGCCUGGUGGGGGUGACGAGGAAGAGGACAGAAAUCUCCCGGCCUGCGGACAUGGAGCCGCGCGAGCCUGGCGCGACACGACCGGAGACGCGGCGGAGGCUGCGGCCACGAGCGCCCGCCAGCCCCAGAUAGAAAGAGGCGGCGAGAGGGCCCGGUUCUGCGGCGGCGGGAACUUGCAGGCCCUCAAGACCCCAGAGGAGGAGUGGACGCCAAACCCCGAUUUCAUCCUAUUCUAGCUCUAGAGGGAUUCCUGGGCCCACUUCCCUGCGACUGGCCCACUGCCUCUGUGAGGAAGUUUUCUCCCUGCGCUUUCUCGAGGAUUUUUCUCUAGCUCUAGAACUUGCCUUCUGGCAGGCCUCCUUGGUUUGUUUUGGGAGAUAACUUGUUUUGCUUCAACACGCAUCCCCUUUUCUAGAUCCCUUUCAACCGGACGUUCUAGAUGACUGAAUGGAGUUUUGAGUUGGACUUUUUUGCCCCUUCCGGAGUCGGGCCUAGUCCCAGAGCAUUGGGGGUAGGGUGGAGGUGUUACUGUAAAAUGCAAGUUGAAUGAAAGGAGGACCUCUUGCCAAGGGCCCCAAUGAGUGGCACGCAGUCUACUAUCACCGACAGGUUUCCCCUCAAAAAACCUAUAAGGCAUGGAAGUAUUUUGAGCCGAGAGUCACCAACAGAUAAGAAGCAGAAAGUUGAGCGCAGUGAAUCACAUGAUUUUGACCCUACAGAUAGCUCCUCCAAGAAGACAAAGUCUAGUUCAGAGGAGAGUAGAUCCGAGAUAUAUGGUCUUGUUCAGCGUUGUGUGAUCAUCCAGAAGGAUGACAAUGGAUUUGGGCUGACGGUCAGUGGAGACAAUCCAGUCUUCGUACAGUCUGUCAAAGAAGAUGGAGCAGCCAUGCGAGCUGGAGUACAGACAGGUGAUCGAAUCAUCAAGGUGAAUGGAACACUGGUGACUCGUUCAAAUCAUUUGGAGGUGGUAAAGUUAAUCAAAUCUGGUUCCUAUGUAGCUCUCACUGUUCAGGGACGCCCACCUGGGUCAGCCCAAAUUCCACUUUCUGAUUCUGAAGUAGAGCCAUUGGUCAUUGGACAUAUGUCUCCCAUUGUGACAUCCCCUCAUUCACCUGGAACAUCUGGGAAUAUGGAGAGAAUUACUAGUCCUGUACUCAUGGAGGAGGAAAACAAUGUGGUUCAUAACCAGAAAGUAGAAAUAUUGAGAAAAAUGUUACGGAAAGAACAGGAACGGCUACAGUUAUUACAGGAAGAUUACAGCAGAACACCUGCCGAAAGAUUGCUAAAAGAGAUUCAAGAGGCCAAGAAACACAUUCCUCAGCUGCAAGAGCAGUUAUCCAAAGCCACAGGCUCUGCCCAGGAUGGAGCUGUAAUUACUUCCUCCAAGCCUUUAGGUGACACAUUAAUAGUCAAUGAGUUAGAGGCAGAUCCUGGUAAUGGAAUAGGCAAAAUUGACUACAACAGUGGAGAUGUUUCUUGGCCGAGCAGUGACAAUGCAAAUAGUCCUAAGAGUGGCCUGAAAGAGAAGAUUUAUCUAGAGGAAAACCUAGAGAAAAGUGAAGUAAUUCAGGACACUGACACUCAAUCACUUAUUGGAAGUCCCUCAACCCAUACAGCACUUCAUAUUAUUGGAGCAGAGGAUGAUGAUUUUGGUACUGAACAUGAACAGAUCAAUGGGCAGUGCAGCUGUUUCCAGAGCAUUGAACUUCUAAAAUCUCGCCCUGCUCACUUAGCUGUUUUUUUACAUCAUGUAAUUUCACAGUUUGACCCUGCGACAUUGCUUUGUUAUCUCUAUUCAGACCUUUAUAAACAGACCAAUUCCAAGGAGACUCGUCGUGUCUUCCUUGAGUUUCAUCAGUUCUUCCUGGAUCGAUCUGCACACCUGAAAGUUUCUGUUCCUGAUGAAAUAUCAGUAGAUCUGGAGAAAAGACGACCUGAGCUUAUUCCUGAGGAUCUGCAUCGCUACUAUAUUCAAACUAUGCAAGAAAGAGUCCACCCAGAAAUUCAGAGGCACUUAGAAGAUUUUCGGCAGAAACGGAGCAUGGGGCUGACCUUGGCUGAAAGCGAAUUGACUAAACUUGAUGUGGAGCGAGACAAGGACCGGGUAACUUUGGAGAAGGAACGGGCAUGUGCAGAACAAAUUGUUGCCAAAAUUGAAGAAGUGUUGAUGACUGCUCAGGCUAUAGAAGAAGAUAAGAGUUCAACAAUGCAGUAUGUUAUUUUCAUGUACAUGAAGCAUUUGGGAGUAAAAGUGAAAGAACCUCGAAAUUUGGAGCAUAAACGGGGUCGGAUUGGAUUCCUUCCAAAAAUCAAACAAACUAUGAAGAAAGAUAGGGAAGGUGAAGAGAAAGGGAAGCGCAGAGGAUUCUCCAGCAUCCUGGGACCCCCAAGGAGGCCAAGCCGUCAUGACAAUAGUGCAAUUGGCAGAGCCAUGGAACUACAGAAGCAGCGCCACCCUAAGCAUUUAUCCGUACCCUUAUCUGUGAGUCCUGAGCCUCAGGACAUUGCUAAGUUGCGCCAGAGUGGGUUAGCAAGUGAAGGAUCAGACAUUGGAUACCUACCAGCCCAUUGCAUGUCUUCUAUGGCUUCAGUGGCCACUCUUUCCCAGGAAGGAGGGAAAGAGAAUGAUACAGGAUCAAAGCAAGUUGGAGAAACACCAGUAUCUGGAGAUUCCUUGGAUGGCACACCUCGCACUUCUAAUAUCAUCUUUGAUUUUCUGCUUCCUCCAUUAGAUCAGGUGCAAGAGGAGGAAUGGGAAACAGAAAGGAUACCUGAACAUGGGACACCAAAGCCCUUUCGAAAGUUUGACAGCAUAGGUUUUGGAGAAAGUCAAAGUGAAGAUGAACUGUUUGAAAAUGACUUGGAGACAGAUCCACCCAACUGGCAACAGCUCGUUAGUCGAGAAGUAUUAGUGGGACUAAAGCCUUGUGAAAUCAAAAGACAGGAAGUAAUUAAUGAAUUGUUUUAUACUGAAAGAGCUCAUGUUCGAACUCUAAAGGUUCUUGAUCAGUUGUUCUAUCAGCGAGUGUCCAGAGAAGGAAUUCUGUCACCUUCAGAGCUACGGAAAAUUUUUUCAAACUUAGAAGAUAUUCUUCAACUUCACAUUGGGUUGAAUGAGCAAAUGAAAGCUGUUCGAAAGAGGAAUGAGUCCUCUGUCAUUGACCAAAUUGGGGAAGAUUUGCUGGCAUGGUUCAGUGGACCAGGGGAGGAGAAGUUGAAACACGCUGCCGCUACCUUUUGCAGUAACCAACCUUUUGCCCUGGAAAUGAUCAAAUCUCGUCAGAAAAAGGAUUCUCGAUUUCAUACUUUUGUGCAAGAUGCUGAGAGUAAUCCACUCUGUCGUCGUCUGCAGCUGAAGGAUAUUAUUCCUACCCAAAUGCAGAGGCUUACUAAGUACCCUCUUCUAUUGGAUAAUAUUGCCAAAUACACAGAGUGGCCAACGGAAAGGGAAAAGGUGAAGAAAGCUGCAGAUCAUUGUCGUCAGAUCUUAAAUUAUGUAAAUCAGUCUGUCAAGGAGGCAGAAAACAAGCAGCGUUUAGAAGAUUAUCAGCGUCGCCUUGAUACUUCUAAUCUGAAGUUGUCAGAGUACCCAAAUGUUGAAGAGCUCAGGAAUUUGGAUUUAACAAAAAGCAAGAUGAUUCAUGAAGGGCCAUUGGUUUGGAAGGUGAAUAGAGAUAAAACUAUUGAUCUAUACACAUUGCUUUUGGAAGACAUGCUUGUAUUGUUACAAAAGCAGGAUGAUAGACUGGUGUUAAGGUGUCACAGUAAGAUUCUGGCAUCUACAGCUGAUAGCAAACACACAUUUAGCCCUGUCAUUAAGUUGAAUACAGUAUUGGUUCGACAAGUGGCAACAGAUAACAAAGCUUUUUUCGUCAUUUCCAUGUCAGACAAUGGAGCCCAAAUUUAUGAACUGGUGGCACAGACGGUUUCUGAAAAGACUGUCUGGCAGGACCUAAUCUGUCAGAUGGCUGCAUCAGUGAAGGAGCAAGCCAUAAAGCCAAUUCCAUUGCCACAGUCACCACCUUGCGAAGAAGACAAUGAUGAAGAACCUCCAAAAAUAAAAGUGGAACGUCAUGGCAUUUCAGUAACUUGCCUGCAGAGCACAGACAGAGAUUUGGAAUUAGAGUCUCCCUUGAUAUCAUCAAAAGCUCAGCCUCAUUCACUGAAUGCCUCUGGGAAAUCAGAGGUAGAUGAUCUCUUUGUGGCUGAAAGACAAUUUGCAAAGGAACAGCAUGCAGAUGGGACUGUAAAGGAAGUUGGAGUAAAACAUCCCAUCACAAUUCCAGAUUCACACUUGCCUGUCUCAGAAGGACAGUGGGCAUUGGAUGCACUAAGGAAUUUGGGUUUGUUGAAGCAGUUGCUGGUACAGAAGCUGAGUUUGACUGAGAAGAGCACUCAGGAAGAUUGGCCACAUUUCUCAACAUACAGGACAGCCUCCUUGGGGGUACAGAGAGACAGUGAAACCCAGAACUUUGAAAUUAUUAAGGCCUGUCAUCCUGGUGAAAGACAGAUGCCCUUUAGAACUGGAACUGGUGACAUUUCAGCUUGUUACAGUCCCCAGGCUUCAACAGAGUCUUAUGUUCCACGGGAUUCAGUGUUACUGGCAUUCCAAGAUAGCCAGGCAAGUAACAUUUUAGUAAUGGACCACAUGAUUAUGACCCCAGAGAUUCCUCCUGCAGAGCCAGAAGGAGGUCUUGAUGAGAGUGGAGAGCACUUUUUUGAUGCCCAUGAACUACAUAGUGAUGAUAAUCCAUUAGAAGGUGAUGGAGCCAUUAAAAUAGAAAAAAAGGAUGCCAACUUACACAUCUCAGGAAACUAUUUGAUCCUUGAUGGCUACGAAACAGUACAGGAGAGCUCCACAGAUGAGGAAGUCACCUCCUCCCUUCCUCCACAACCCAAGAAAGGCCUCCCCUUUGUGGACUCUACUCACCAGCCACAACAUUCUCUCCAGAAUGCUCUUUCUGAUGGUGCAGUUUCACCAUUCACCCCAGAAUUCGUGGUCCAGCAGUGCUGGGGAUCUGUGGAGCAUUCCUGUUAUGAGAUCCAGAGUCCCUCCGCUUGUGCAGAUUCAGAAAGACAGAUCAUGGAGUAUAUUCAUAAGAUAGAGGCUGACCUUGAACACUUAAAGAGGGUGGAGGAAAGUUAUACCAUUCUUUGGCAAAGGCUGGCUGGAUCAGCCCUCACAGACAACCACUCAGAUCUUUAUUCUUCCAGAUAAAAGUUAGAGCUGCGUGUCCUGGAGGUUGUUGGAUUUUGAGCAUCAGCCUUAUAUCAGCACAUCCUGGCUCCAGUGUGGAUGAAGAGAGAGUAUGUGAUAGGAUCUGCCUGUGAAGCCCUUGGGAAUAGUCAUGUCCCAGGGGUCCCAGAACAGCACUAGGUAUAGGUAUUCACAGUCUGGCAGCUGCAUAACUGUGUCAGUGAAUAUUCCUUUCUCACUCUGCUCUCCUCUAUCAGAAAUUCAUUUUGAUUCAGAACAAAAACCAAAUGUAUAGAGCUUUGGGUUUAGGAUAUGAAAUUUUAUUUAGACUUAAGAAAAUAAGAAAAUCUGAUGUAUUUAUUUGACUUCCAUAUUUGAAAGCACAUUUUAAUUUUUAUUUUGCCAUGUUUUAAGUGAGUAGUGAGAUUUGUGGCCCUUUGUAUAUAGUACACCGAAGGAUCAGUUGCUUCUGAAGCAAAGAGUUCAGGAUGGGAUAUUAGGAAGUCAGGUAAAGAGGGAAAGAAAAGAAAGAAGUGAGAAGGGGAAGAAGGAGCAUCUAGCCUUCUAAACUGUAUCUCAUGCCCUCUGUUGUCCAGUAUGCUGCUUCUUAAUGGUUCCCUCAAGGCACUAUACACCUAUGGCUCCGCUGUGCAAAAGACUUGAGCUGUGUGCUACCUAGGUGGGCUUCCUCCCAUCUGAGGCAAACACCUCUUUUCUAGUUGGGAUCAAUUUCCAGUUAAUAGGAAUCCUCAAUGUACUAAAUACCAGGCACUUGAAAAUGGGUGUUUUCUUCUAUUUUCUUUUCUGUUGAGGGUUGGGAUUUGGGAGGGAGAGGAAACAAAUUUUAUUUUCUUAAUUAUAAAUUUGUUUUUCUUAAUUGUUUCAUUGUUAUAAUUAUGCAUCAGACUUCAGCACUUGUGUAAAAUUAUUCCUGCAAAUUGAACAGGAAAUUAAAAAAAAGGAGAUACUUCAGAUGGUGGCAGGCGUGGGAGUUGCUGAGGAGGGUUUGGAGACUUUGGGAAGGUUAUGUAACUGAAUCUCUACUGAGUUGAACAAUGGCUGUCAUUAGCCACAGGCACUGCUGAGUAAAUGGUCAGUAAAAUGUUAGCGUCUGGAGGUUUGACUCUAAUUUUUACACUGAUUGUGCCAAAGGGCUCUUUGAGUUAAAAGGAGUGAGUGCCAAGAGAGGAGAGGAGUGGAAAGAUGUGGUGCAGAAGGCAGAGCCACCCAAACCAGCUUCAGAAGCACUUCCUCUAACUUUACUGCUAGAACUUUUUCCAACUGGUGCCUGAAUGACCUUAAAAAAUUGCAGACCAGUACAGACACUGGAUACUGCAAGCAAGGUGUUGGCAACUGCCUGUUCUAGAAUGACUAGUAUAUUUGAAGCAUCCUACAGAGCAUAAAGGUUUCAGAAUUGUAACUGAAGAACUCCUUCACUUGUUGGUUUUAUGUGAUUUUUGUUAUGCAUCAGGUAUUAUACAUGUUUUGGAUUGUUUUUGCCAACUAAAACUAAAUCAUUUGUCAAAUCUUAAAAUUCUGUUAAUAUGCAGUGAAUUAAUCCAUUGCUCUUAACUUUCAGUAUAGCCCUCUGAACUUUGUGAGUAGUCAGGAUGUAAUUCUAUUAUUCCUUGCAGUCCAAAUAUAUAUAUAUAUAUACACUCAUCGCAAGUGUUAAGGAUUCCCAAUUACUCUUAUAAACAUCACUACAGCUUAUAACACGCUCAUCUAUGUCCAGAUUCUUAUUUCUAUCUUUUCAGAAGUGGUCUGUUUUUAAGAAAACUGACCAACUUGGAAUGUUGGACACUUGUUUAUGAAUUAUAAUUACACUUUCGGUUGUAGACCCAAAUAUAAAUUAAAUCAGAAUGAGAUUAAAAAUUUUAGAAGCAGAAGCUAAUAUGUAAGUGGACUUGAACUUUCUGAUCUCUUAAGAGAAGGCAGUAGAAACUGAUGGUCACAUUGUGCUGCUGAAAAUAAUGCAGUUGCUCCAAAAGGAUUUCACCUGUAGCCACUUGACACAAAUACCAUCAGUGGGCAAUUAAUCAGGAGAAAGGUAAAUAGAAAUAGAACUUUCACCUCACCUUCAGACACUACAGUAGGGAAAUUAUGUAAUUUUCUAGCACUCACUUAAGAGGUUUUGUAGGUCAACAGUGUUUUGAUUCCUUUUCUAGCUCAGCAGAUACCUUGUCCUUAGCAAUUAUUUGCAGUUCUUUUCCUGCAGUUUAACUUAUUCUUGGAACAAUAACAGGGAUAACUAGAAAAUACUUUGACCAUAGCUUUAGUACUUCUAAAUAAAUUUAUAUCUAGAUUUUCAAAUGAAGCCCCAAAAUGAAGUAUAAUUAUGAAAAGAUCCCACAAUUUCAAGUGUUCUUUAUAUCUUACUAGCUGAACUUCUUCCCUCCUCCUUACUAGCCUGGCCUCCCACACCUUCCAUUUUUCCAUUUUAUUUUGGCUGUUAUAAUCACAUCUGUUUUACUUUGAUAUUAAUAUUGCCUAUCAGGAUGAUGGAAUUCAUCCUAUCCUUGAGUGGAAAUGGUUACCAUUAAAGUCGUUUUCAAAGUUACAGGACCAGAUGUUGGAAUCUACUUCCACUCAGAAGAGCCCAAAGGUAGUGAACAAAGCAGCAUUCCCAGAGCAGGAGAGCUAGGAUUUAGCUAUUGAAGUGGGCCUAACGGCUCCUUUGCUACUAAGUGGCAAAUUACAUGAAGUGAGAACAGAAUACAGAGUUAAUCAUGGCAAAUCAGGCAGUGCUCAAAGUGCUCUAAUUUAAGAUAUUGAUUACUGCCCUUGAAGCUACAUGUUUUACAUACCUUAAUAUCAGCUAACUUGGACUGCUUGAGUUACCUUGGCUUUUCAAACCUAAACUAUAACUAUUUAUUAUACUACAUGGAAGGUAUAUUUCAUAAGCUUUGUGGCUUUUUUAUGAAAUAUGCCUCCCAUGCAGUAUAACAAAUAGUUACAGUUUAGAUAAAAAGGAAGAAAAAAGUUUUGUUUGAUUUUAGAGAGGGGAGAUAAUGUGAUAGUAGAAGGGAAAAGUCUGUUUUUAUUAUUUUUAGAAGCUAAAGAAAAUAAUACGCUUUCUAGGUUAUCUUUUAUUUGUAUGCUUUUUUUUCUUUUUGAUAUUGGUAAAUUUGGUGUGUUACAUGGAGCAUCUAUAUUUCGAACUGGAAACUAUUUUCUCUGAAGUUGGUAUUAUCUAGUACUAUUAUUGGACUAGAGCUUUGGUCAAUAUUUUCUUGCCUGUAUGUCAUAGAAGGCAUCAUUGAGAACUGAGUAGAGGAUCUCAAAGUAGACAAUCAGCAGGACCUUCUAGUUAUCUCUCUGCUGGGUUUUUCCUGCUAGUGUUACAAUUUUUGUUUUCUAAAAACAAAAAUCAUGUUUUCUCCUGAUUUUUCUACCCCUUUUCAAAGUGGUCUGCAAAAUUGUUUGACUUUCCUCAAGAAAAGAGUUCCUUUGAUUCAUUUCUUAUGCCUUCCCAUUGGUUCUGCUGAUGUUGAUAAUAAAUUGGUAGGAAAAAAAUGUACCUCCUAGAAGGAAGCUCUGUCUGCCAUUUCCAGGGGCCAACACUUAAGCAUAUGUACUACAAAAAUAACUAUAAUAUGCACACCAUUGGUUAUUUUUAAUAAGCCUCUUCCUACUAAAACCUUUUAUUUUCCUUGUUCACCACACAAUCGUGUACUCUUUAACAAAAACUACUUUUUAAAAAUCUGGAACGACCUUCCAAAAAAACCUGUAUUAAUAAUCAUGUAUUUUUUAUUGAUCACAUUUUGAAAUACCUAAAAGACUUUAUUGUUCUAAUUAUCGAGAUACACCUUUGUAAAAUAGCUCUUUUAAGAAUUAGCUGAUAAGGCUAUAUGUUUCUGGAACAAAAUACUGGCCAUCUAAAAACUUUCUCUUUUCUGGGAUCUGGGGGAAAAAAUAGAGUUCAAAUAUUAAAUAUGCUUAAAGGAACCAA